AUCUGUAAAUAAUGUUACCUGCAAUAAUAUGAUUUUGUUUUUUAUAUAAAAAUGUAGGAACUUCAUAAAUUCUAAACAUAAGCUUUUAUUAUCUCUGUGAUGAACCAUAUUAAAUCUUGCGAUUAAAUACGAGUCUGUAUUGAAUACUUAUUUUGAAGUUAAUAUAUUUUCACAACAAAAAAGUAAUACAGAUAUAAAAACACAUUUGUUUCAUGCAAUGUUAUAUGAAUAAUUUUAUAAAUAAUUAUAAAAAACACAAUGUAGGUAUGAUAUUAUUUCAGUAUAAUAUUCAAACUGUUCAUUUGUAAAAAACUAUGAAGAACAGUAGUAUUCAUAUGUUAAACCAAGUUUGAGAAGUAAUAGCUAAACUGAACUAAAAUGUUUGGGUCUUCCUUCCUUAUUUCCUUUGUCCCGCCCCCAAAGAUAACAAACUUGGAUGAGUAUAUCUCUGAAAAUUUGCUAUCUAUUCUUUUAUAAUAUUCUUAGCUAUACUGAUAUAAAAUCUAUGCAUGGAACACUUACUUUUCAGUUUUAAAAAUACAUUAGACUCCUACCACUGUGAUCAUUUAAUAGGCUAAAAAUAAGAUACUACAGAAGCUAUAACAGAACAAAAUAUGUAUGUCAACUAUGGCUUCUCUUUGUUCUUUAAUUUGGGCCAUAGGAACAUAUAUAAAAGCCAUGCACAAAAUUAAUCCCAAUCACAAUAAUGAAUCUUGGAUAUCACUGAUGCUUCAAUAUCUUUGGAGAGGUGGAAUGUUAACGUCAAGGCUGACUGUAUUAGUAUUAAUAGCAAUUUGUUUGAGAAAAUGGUUUUCUUUAUUUCUUGGCUUGCACUGGUUAUCUAUGACUGUUUGGGUAAUUUUUCAAAACACAGACUUUUGUUCUACUAUUUGGGAAGAACGUAUUUAUAAUUGUAUCAUAGGGCUUAUUUAUUGUUUUGAUUUUUUUAAUUUAUGUGAAGGAAAAUCUCGUUAUAAGGUAUUUGCAUUUUAUUUGAUAAUAGUGAUCGAAAAUUUAUCUUCCUUAGUGAUUUAUAUGUUAAAUUUUAAACAAACAAUAACAAUUGAUAUAUUGAUAUUAAUGAUAUUUUUUAUUGUUGGGGGUAUGCUAAUUGGUCUUAUAAGUAUGUUAUUAUAUUACACUAAAUUUCAUCCAACAAGACACCUAAGUUUAGAUAAAGUUAGUAGUCAAAAUUCAAAUGUUAUUGUUACUAGUAAUACAGAUACUCCUCGAUCUUUUAAACAAUAUUAUUGUGAUUCAUUACCACAAUCUUCAAAUAUGUCUACAAGGAUGAUAUCUGAAGAAGUAACAGCUGAUAAGCAGUUUCUGUUAACUAAUAUCGUACAGAAUACCGAUUGCUUAGAGGAAGGUAUUGUUAAUGAAGCUUAUAAAAUAGAAAAUGAAAUAAAAAUCACCGAGCACAUGGUUUCUAAAUGUGAAAAAUCACCUAAUACUUCGUUGAAAGAUAAGGAAACUUUAUCACUUCAUGAGAAAGAUAUAUCGAUUAUUAAUUCAUGUCUUAAAUGCAAUAGAAUAGUUCAUAAUAAUUGUAAGGAUACAAUUAAUGUUAUCUGUAACUGCCUUGAGAAUACUAUUCCUUUAGAAAAUAGUCUUUCUACAAUUCAUCAUAGAAAACGAAGAGGUAUUUGUUUACCCAUUAUAGAAGAUUUAGAUAAGGAAAAAAACUUUACUGUGAUAAACUCCAAUGUACAUAUUUCUUCACAAAAAUGUGGGGAUAUAUGUUCUUCGGGUCAACAUACACUUGCAAUUGAUACAGAUGCAGAAAGAUUGAAAUCUGAUUUCAAGCAUUGCGAAAUUCCUAUUGCAAGUUCAGACAUAGAUAUAAAAUCUAACAAAUCUGUAGAUAAUAAAAAGUUUUGUUCCUUGGAAGAAACACUCAGAGACAUUAGUGGUGUUUUAAAUACUAUAAGAAAUAAAGAGGAAUUACAAAUUGCAACAAUUUCUCAUAAUGAUAAAGAUUUAGAUACAACUAAAUUAUCUAAAGAUUUGCAACAGAAAGAUGAAACAAUGAGUUGCGUUACAUCGAUUCAUGAUUAUGAAAAUGUAUGUCCAUUAGGAGUUGCAAGACCACCAUGGUGUAUACGUAGUUGGAAGGGUUAUACAGACAUAGAAACUUAUCUUCAUGAUGACAGUGUUGUCAGAGAUAGACGUAGAGAUACUUUAACAAGUACAACUACUGGAACAACAUACAGCUCAGAUUUUUCUGAUGGAACGUGUACAAGUUCCUUGAUAAGAAGAAUUCUAAAACAAAAUGAUUAUUUAGAUACUUUGACUUAUGAUAUAGUUGAUUCAAAUGAACUUAAAGUGAAAUGCAAUAAUGAUCUAUAUACAUCGUCGAACACAGAGGAACAAAAUGCCACAUUAUAUGCCGCAAAACCGAUAGUAAUCGACGAUACAGGCGGAAUGUUUUCAUUAGGUACUAUUGUUGAAGAACAUGAUAAUGAUGACGAUGACGACGACGAUGACGAUAUUUUCUCUGUAACUACAAAAUCUAUAGAACCAGCUUGUACGUCAGUGAGUUCCCUUGUAAAUACUAUAGAUCAAAUCAGGACAUCAGCAGCCGAAAAUUCACCUAGACAUAUUUAUCACAGAACGGAAUCACAUUGGAGUGAUAUGACACAAAAAGAUUUAUCAUUUACAAAUAUGUUGUUUUCCAAUAAGUUCCAUGAUACUUUUGUGGAUGAUGUAAGUUUUGCAAAAUCACCAGAUAAAUCUCCAGAUAAAAUUGCAGAAAAAUGUGAACUAAAUACAAUUAGAGAAUUGGUAAGGUCUUGUACAAUAGAGUCAAUUAAAAAAACUCCUUUAAUUGAUGCUAUAUUGUCUGACUCUCCAAUUUUAGGAAGUAAAGCCAAAAUUCAAAAACAAAUGAAUGGAACAACUAGUUCUCAUGUAUUUAAUUCAAACGAACAUGACUUAUAUAUUGAAAUGAAUUCUUUAAUACCUGUAGUUAAUUUAAAAGAUACACGUAUUGACAUAAUAGAUGAUAAACCAUGUGAUUUGAAAGCUAUUACAGAAAAUAGAAAUUUUAAUGUAUCGACAUCUAUAUCAGACAAAUCUGUAAAAGAGUCAUCAACGUCGGUGUGCUCUAUUAACGAUGUUAUGAGUGAUAAUCAUUGUAAAAAACAUGAAAAAACGAUUAAUUACACAAAAAAGAAAUGGUCAUUAUUAAAAGAAAAAUUUGAACCAAAAUCACAACAACUUGUAUAUAUGGUUACACCAAACAAAGGAAUAACAGUAGAACACAUGAACUUUUCAAAAAAUUCGGAGACGUUAACUAAAAAUGUUUCAAUUCUUUUAAAAAAAGCACCUGGUUUAUCUUUUACUCAUGAUAAAGAAAACUUAGCACCAAUUGCUACAGUAAAAGAUAAUAUUACUAAUAAAUAUAGCGAUGUAUACAUAGAAAAAAGCAAUAACAUUUAUGAAAAUGAGGAAACAUUGUAUAAUGUACAAUUUAAUAUGAAAGAUAAGAGACACGUUUUUUUAGAACAAGUUUUAAAAAGAAAAAAAUCUUUUAUACAGAAUAUAAAAAAUUUGUAAAAAUGAUUUCAUAUUAUUUUUUAUUUUAAUUCAUAAAAAUUAUUUGUGGUCCGUUGCAGCCUACUAUAAGAAUAUUACAAAUUUUAUUAAACAUAUAUAUAGAUUUUCAGUUUUAAUGAUAUAUAAUAUUCAAUGUUUGUUAACCAUAUUAAAAUUAUAUUAUAUUUUAAUUGUUAUCUUCAGUGUGUAAAC